UUCUGACUGCUUUGCUGCUGUGCACUUUCUUCUUCUUCAUCACCGCACAGAAAGAAACCUGCCAAGGAUCGAAACAGAAGAACAGACGAAAGCACGAAAGGACACCCAUGUUUCCGCGCCCGCACAAAACAACCCAUCAGCUCCGUUUGCUUCAGACUAUGCCCACUGACCUGGCACCACGCACUGCCAUUCGUGAUGUCCAACCCACGCCCUAAUCAACUAAUUACCUUGGUCGACGGGUCAUAGCGAUCAUCCCAUAUUGUUAUUGUACAUGGACACUAUGACAAUCAAUAUACGUGGGGAGCUGGCAGUCCUGGCAGUCCACAACCACCACCACAAGCCGCGGCCCAAGAAAAAGAGCUGCCCCUCCGCGAUGUCACCUUGGCCCCAUAUCCCUGCCUCGCCUUCCGUACCCAGCAGUCAGCCCCAGUCGGCACGGCGUACCCCUGAGCUGAGCAGGGAGGCAGGGAGGCUGACUGCUUCUCACGGUACCAGUCCAUCCUUCUCUUUGUUUGCCGCUCAGUGGGCGUCGGGCAGUCCUGGCAGGAGGGCACGAGGGGCAACCUGCCACCGGCCCAGGUCCAAUCGUCGUGGUCAACUUCCUUGCUACCGACAGCAGGAUCCUCUCGUCAGGGAUGGCCGUGACACAGAACUGGCCCAAUAUGGAAGUCCACAUGCCGCCUAGUGGCGGUUAUCUGCAUCCAAGUGGCCACGGCAGAUCCUGAAGCGAAGGGGAAUAGGAGGUUAGUGCUUCUUCUGCCCUUCCAUUUGCUGUGCUCUCUCUGCUGCUCCUGGUCAAAAAAAGAAAGAAAAAUGAUCUGCAGACUCGCACUACUGUUGUACCCAGGUACCCAGGUACCCAGGUGCCGCGGUAAGUCCGUGCUCGUGCUGCCUGGGUGGGGUGGAACCUGCAGACCUGAUCGGCUCACCUUGUGGUCUGGGUCGUGAUGUCCCUUGCUAGCCUGACCUCCAUGUCCUCCUGAGACAUAAGAGAACGAGCCUCUCCCUCUCUCUUCUUGUCGGAUGCCCUCUUUUUUUUUUUCUCGGCUCACCAUCUCGACAUCAUCUGUCUGUUCUUGCUCUUGCGCAACGAGGUUCAUUGCAUUCCUUAUCUUUGACCUCUCAAGCUUCUUCUCUUCUUUCCCUCCUUCCAACGGCCAAGAUCCGCAACUCUCAGAUUAGCCCGGUGCUGUCUCCCUGCCUCCCCACGAUUACGUCUCUUUGUCUCACCAACAAGGGACUUCACAUUCCUUCCAACUCGGAAAAAAAAACCACCACAAGGCGGUCGAUCUCUCAAACAAAGGCUUUGUUCGUUGAUUCAUUCAGCUGGACAAUAUCUGUCUUCUUGUGGUCACAAGAAGCUCUGACUCGACCCCGGCCACCAACACACAUUCAUUGUCAUAUCAACUGCCACAGGCUGGUAUUUGACUCGAUAAAUAUCUGGAGAUAUUUUCGAGAUCCACUCAUUCAAGAGAUCUGACAACAGUCGCGAAAAGCUCGAGCAUUCGAUACAGAAAACUUGGACUUGCCCAGGACAUCAUAUAUCUCAUCACCACCAGACAAAAUGCGUUCCACCACAUCCGCUACUCUCCUGGCUGCCCUGGCGGGCUCUGCCUCGGCCCACAUGAUGCUUUCAUACCCUCCCCCUCUGAACAGCAAGUACAACCCCUUUGCGAACUCGGGCUCCAUCGACUACUCCUACACCGCGCCUCUCGCUGCGGACGGAUCCGACUACCCUUGCAAGGGCUACCAGAGCGACCUGGGCACUCCUGCCGGUCAGCCAACUGCCACCUUCGCCGCCGGUCAGCAAGGCAACAUCACCGUUGUUGGCGGUGCUGCCCACGGCGGUGGCUCGUGCCAGAUUUCUCUCUCUACCGACGGCGCCAAGACCUUCAAGGUCAUCCAGUCCAUCAUCGGAAACUGCCCCGUCAACGGCGAGGGAAACUUCGACUUCACCGUCCCCUCGGACGUCCCUGCAGGAGACCAUGUUCUGGCUUGGUCAUGGAACAACCGCAUCGGCAACCGUGAGUUCUACAUGAACUGCGCCGCCGUCACCAUCACCGGCGGCAGCUCCAAGCGGGAUGAGGUCACCGAGAAGCGGGCAGCUGCCUUCUCUUCCGCUCCCGACAUGUUCGUCGCCAACAUUGGUAACGGCUGCUCAGUAGCAGAGGGCGGCGACGUCAAGUACCCCAAUCCUGGUGAUGCUGUCAUCGACAACAGCGACAACCCUGAAGCCCCCUCGGGAAACUGCGGUUCCUCGGGCUCCUCCAGCGGCUCUGGCUCUGGCUCUGGUGCUGGUGCUGGUGCUGGUGCCGCGCCUGCGCCUGCGCCUGCGCCCGCGCCGACCUCGAGCACUGUCGCUGAAGCAACCCCAUCUCUUGGUGGUAUCUUCGCAACCGUCUCCGCCUCUGUUGAGGCCCCUCCCGCCGCAACCCCCCAGGCGUCCACCACCCUCUCGACCGUCACCAGCGCCGCUGCCACACCUACCCCAGAGACCGCAGCCCCUCCCGCAGCUGCCCCGGCUCCUGGCGGCUCUGGUGCGACCACUGAGGGCUCUGCCUGCUCAAACGAGGGCGAGUGGAACUGUGUUAGUGGCAGCUCCUUCCAGCGCUGCGCCUCGGGCAGAUGGAGUGCCGUUCAGAGCAUGGCUGCGGGCACCUCCUGCGAGGCUGGUGUCGCUGCCAACCUCAAGAUGAUCAGCGCCAGGAGGGCCGGACGGUUCCACGCGCGCCGCUUCGCCGCCUAAGACCUAGGUCACAAGGAGAAAGAGAAAGGACCCUCAGGCUUAGGGUAUUUGUGUGACUAGGGCUCUUUGCUAAGGGCAUCACGGUGUGGAAAAAUUCUAUUCUUGGACAAGCCAUUUAGGCAAUUUUUGUAUUUCUGGUUCGGCUUUUUUAUGAUACCUUGGGCAUGUUUGGCAUUCUGCAUCACUGGAGUGGGAAAAAAUCAAACCACAUCUUUUUGAAUGGAUUACAUCUAUGGCAGCGUUCUCGCUUGCUUCCAA